CAGGUGCAAGAGCUUGAGUCGGGGACUGUGAGGGUCUUCAAGGCAUUUCCCUACUAAGCAUCUCUGUUUAAGUCUGUGAUCGUUGGACAGAGCCACUGAAAUAGGCCUCCACCGAAGUGGUCUCAGGGAGGCCGCACGCCUCUUCUUUCGCCCCCCUCGGCGCGUUCCCGGCUCUGGAUCGAGAGCGCGCGCGCAUCCUGGGCUCUCCCCGCCCGCGGCUGAGGGGCGGGGCCGCGGCCAGGCUCCCCAGGCACUGUCGCCUGCAGCCCCCUCCCCUUGCCUUCUAGCUGCUCCCCGCCACUGCUGCUUCGGCCCAGCCCCACCCCAGGCGACCCUGCGUGGAGCGGCUCGUGGCCAGAGGCGUAGGUGCCUGGGGAACCUGGAGAAGGACUCUGGUGAAUCCUACUCGGUGUGCACUCGGAGGACCCUGAAUCAGGAAGCCCUGUUUGGGGGACUGGUCAUUCGGGUCUCCGAGAGGCGAGGGGUAGGGGCAUGGAUGUUGUUCUUGAGCGACAUGGACAAGAGAGAUAGGGUUAAGGCAGGAGCCACCCCGCGGAUGCCAGCUUCACGACCUCCUGGCCCUCUGAGCCCCAGGCCUCCUCCAGGAUCCCCACGACCUCCUCCCCCUGUAACCACCGCUGCCCUUAAAGUGCUGGAAGCAAACGGAGCUAUGGGGAGAAGGCCCCUGGUGGAGCGAGCCGCGGGCGCUGGCAAGGCGGCUCUUCCACAGACCGCUGUUCAAGGGGCACCAGCGCGCAGCACGGGGGCAGGUCCUCGAAGCCCAGCCUCUAGGCCCCCAACUUCUGGGAAAGGAGAGAGGGUCCCUGUGAAGAUCUCUGGCCAGGGUUCUAUUACUAGCCCUGGGCGAGCCAGCGGUGGGAUCACCAGACCAGGCCCUGUUGUCCAGAAGGGACUCCAGCCCCCGGCUAAGGAGCCUGUGGUCAGAGGUAAAGCUACAGAGGCACCCAAAAGGAAUACUCUGAGCUCUGGAACACGAAGAGAUUCCUUAGGGCCCGCGUCAGGAAGCCCCUCUCCUGCCAUCACUCGUCGGUCCAAGGCCCCGGCUACAGAGGUGGGAAUUCCUCGACUAGUUCCCGCAGCCCGGCAGCGUCCCCCGACCACCGAGGCACCCAGGAAACCUGUGAGCAAUACAGCAGAACCCAGUGCCACGGAGCUGAGCCCAGCCUUCAGGAGGCGCUCUGCCGCUGGUGGCAGCCUGCAGAAGCCGGCCUCCCGUUCCCUGAGCUCCAGUGCUACCCCUCAGCUCUCCCCAGCCCGCUCUGGGGUCUCUCCGCGUGUAAUCCCCCGGGCUCCUGUGCACACCUCUCUGCUCAAAUCGAAAGGGCAGCAAGCUCUGCGCCCACCCCAGACCACAGUCCCGAGGAAGGACAGAGCGUCUGCACAGAGCCUGCUUUCUGCUCCAUCUUCAGCCACUCCCGCAGCUCCACCUGCAGCCACCGCAACUCAGGCUUCAGUCACGCCCACCGCUCCACCUGGAGCCGCCACAACACAGGCUUCCUGCGUCCAGGCCCCAGAGGAUCCGUUGGAGACCACGCUCCCUCCCUCUCCACCUGCCACCCCGCCUCUACCUGCUUCACUUCAACUCCAGGCACAGCCCUCCACCCAGGCCACAGCCGAUUCGCAGGCCAUAAACUGCCCGCCAUCACCUCCCCAGCUUUCUCUGCAGAACCUCCCUUCUCCGCCAGCCACGCCCCCUUUGCAAGUUCCGCCCCCAAAUCUGGGUACUGAAGAGGCCUCUGACUCACCCCCACCAAAGGCUGCAAUCUCUCCAUCCCUUUCACCCCUUACACAGAGUAUGCCCUGCAACCAGGUUCCUUCAGCUUCGCUCCCGGAGGAGACUCUCUUGGCCACGCCUUUCUCACCUGCGCCUCUCCCUCUAGCCACGCCUCCACCUCUAGCCACGCCCCCUCCACAAGUCCUUCCUUCUCUGCCAGUUUCUCCGCAGAAUCAGCCUACUCCCCUUGUCGAAGGCUCUCGGUCGACCCUGUCCACUCUAACCACGGCCCCUUCCCCUGCCAACUUUUCUGUCUCUCCGCCCCUCCUCCAGGCCACGCCCUGUAAUCUAACCACGCCCCCUUCGCAAGACACCCUGCUGCUGGCCUUUUCUCCUCCCGUGUCUUCCUCUCCCCCCCUCCUCACCACCUCUGCACGGUCCCCCCUCUCCCGUGGCCACGCCCCCCUGAAGCUCCCACCAUCUCUGAUUCUGCCCGCUUCCCAGGCCUCUUUGUUGACCUCGACACCCUCCCUGCCCUCGUCGCCCCAGCAGGCCACGCCUCCUCCUUUGGCCUCGUCCCCGCUCUCGGCGGCACUCCCUCUGGGCUCGCCCCCUCUGCAGGCCUCGCCUUCUUUCCUGCCUACACCCCCUAUGCAGGCACCCUCUCCCCCUUCGCCUCCUUUGCAGGCGCCUUCUCUGGCUACAUACCCUUUGCCUCUCCCCUCGUCCCCGACCUCACCCCCUCUGCCAGCUCUUCUCUCCCCGCCUGCCUCGCCUCCUCUGGAGGACCCUCUUUCUCCCUCGCCCUCACCUCCGUCUCCAGUGGCAACUCCCCCACCAGAAGCCCCACCUUCGCUGGGCUCGCCCACUCCUCUGACUUCACCCCCUCCGCAGGCGCCCUCUUCUCUGGCUUUGCCCUCUCUGCAGGCUCCCACCUCCCCUCUGGCCGCAGAGGCGCCUCCCCUGCAGGUUCCCCUCUUGGCUUUGCCUCCGCUGCAGACCCCGCCCUCUCCCCUGACCACGCCCCCUCCGCAGGCCUCUCCGGGCCUGACCUCGCCCCUUGUUCAGCCUCCCUCUCCUCCCGCCUCACCCCCGCUGCAAGCCCCUCGUCGACCCCCGACCCCAGGUCCGGAUGUCCCGAUCUCAAGUCCACGGCUGACCCUGUCGCUGGCCCCUGCCCCGCCGCCGCCACCCUCGCGAAGCCCGUCCAGUACACUGAGUGGCCCGGACCUGGCAGGCCACAGCAGCAGCGCCACGAGCACCCCGGAGGAGCUCCGCGGCUACGACAGCGGGCCCGAGGGCUGCGCCACAGUGUCCCCGGCCGCCGACGCGGAGCUAGCGGCCUGCCACCCGGCCUCCUGGAGUCGAGGUCCUGCUCCACCGUUGGCAAUACGAGGCGCUCCAGGAGUUCCCCUGCCGUGGCCUCCCGCAGCCUGCCCCGGCUCCUCUGACGGCCUGUGCACCAUCUACGAAGCUGAAGGACCGGAGUCGGUGGCCCCUACCCCUGGAUCCCUAGAACCGGAACCGGAGCCGGAGCCAGAGCCAAGGCCUGGCUCUGGCGGUGGGAAGACUACUGCUGUGGCGGGUUCAGGAGCAUCCUCGAGAAGCCCAAAGUCGGCUCGCCUGGGUGAGCUGCCGCUAGGGGCGCUGCAGGCGAGCGUCGUGCAGCACCUGCUGAGCCGGACACUGCUGCUAGCUGCAGCCGAGGGUGCAGCUGCAGGCAGCGAAGGUGGUUCAGGAGGCGCAGGGGCUGGCGGUGUCCCGGGGGGAUCCCGGGCUCCGCUCAGCGAUGCCGAAUUGGGCCGCUGGGCCGAAUUGCUGUCUCCCCUGGACGAGUCACGUGCCAGUAUCACUUCAGUCACCAGCUUCUCCCCGGAUGACGUGGCUUCCCCACAGGGCGAUUGGACUGUAGUGGAAGUGGAGACUUUUCACUGAGCCAGACCCCAGCCCUGCUCACCACACACACAUAUAUGGCUUUAGAAUCCACCCCUCUGGUUACACCUCUUUUGUCUUAGUCUCCCACUUCCCCAGACAACUGGAUGGAUUGAUUUUUUUGUUUGUCAUUUACCUGUCUUGUUUACCCUGUCGUUGGGGUCAGGCCAUGUCCCUAUUCUUCCUUGGCUUAAGCUUGGAAUGCACCCACACUUAGGGCUAGGCCUUUCAUUUGAGCUUCUCUUUAACCUAAGUCACUGACUGUCCUUCUCUAAGGAGCCACACCACACCCUAUGUCCAGUCGACGAAGUCUCUCGUAUCAGUAGCCUUGUUUGCAGUAAAACCAGAGAUGCUGGUGCCUGUGAGCCGUGGUGAUAGGAACUGGGAAAGGGCCACACAGUUUGAAGGACCAGGCUACACCAGGCUGCUGGGUAUGCCUAAGUUGGAGUUGUGGCUUAACCGUGUGACACUUUUUACAGUAAGGAGGCUGGUGAGACAGAGCCUACAAUGGCCUUGUGCUCCUCUGGGUCUCACUUGUAAUAAAACCGUUAGGAUCAGGAAGGCCUUAGUGGAUGAGCUGGUGACCUGACGGGGAGCCACCAAAGCUCUUCUUACCCUGGGUACCCCUUGCUACAGUCCCUUUGUCCUGUGUGCACCCCUUCUCUUUCAUGCUUGAGAGUUGGACCUGGAGGAUGAACUCCAGUGGAGAGGAAUGGCGAGUCCUUGACUUCAGUUGAUACCUCCUCCCUCUGCGAUGGGCAGUGUCAAGUUGAAAAUUGUAGAAGUCACCUGAAAAGGCAGGCCUCUUGGCAUGCGUGCUUGGGCUGAGGUGGAAAACAUCUACCCAUUGUGGGUGGCACCACUCCUGGGCUGGGACCCUGGACUGUGUGAGCAGAGAGCUGGGCAGCAGUGUGCAUUCGCUGCUCUUUGUGACUGUAUGGCUUCCAGCUACGGUUGCCUGGACUUCCCCACAGUGACAGACUGUACCCUGAAGUGUGAGCCACAAUAAAUCCUUUCUCCCUUA